AUGCUAAGUAGGGUGAGAAAUUAUCUUGAACAUCAAUUGCUUGGUUUUGCUUUGAUCCCUUUAUCCGAAAUCCUCAUCAAAAACGGAAAAUUGGAAAACGAUUUCACUUUAUCUUCCACCGAUCUCUUCAACUCGCCUUCUGGUUUCGUUCACUUAUCGUUAUCAUACACCGGAGCUUCACCGGACGUGAUUGCCAUCCCGCCGCCACUUCCUGUGAAGGGAGCUGACGCCGAUUCAGAAUUAGCCAAGUUUGACAAAAUCGAAUUCCCAUAUCCUAAAAUCGCAAAUGAAAACCACAUGAUGGUGUCUGAUUAUUUCAAUCUUAGUUCAGAGAGUUUGGUCUCAUCUGAUACUAAUGAUCAAUUUGAUGCACCCAUUGAAACCCAACAAACCUGA